AGUAUUGAGUUGUGAGAAUUGGAAGAGAGAAAAGGCCAAGUGGCCACAGCACAAGGAGGUACAGUGAACCGGCUUGAGGAGCAAAACAGAGGGUUCUCUCUCUCUCUCUCUCUCUCUCUCUCUCUCUCUCUCUCUGUGAGGAUAACCAAGCAUGCAGGUUUUGAAAGCAGGGAGUAGGCCUCCAUGGGUAGGUCUUGGAGCUGCUGUUUGGGUUCAGAUAGCAGUUGGGAACUCUUACAAUUUCCCUCUCUAUUCCCAUUCUCUGAAAUCUGUUCUGGGUUUCGACCAACAGCAGCUCACUAUGCUUGGAGUUGCCAAUGAUAUUGGGGAGAAUUUUGGGAUAAUUCCCGGUGUCAUCUGCAAUAAACUUCCACCUUGGAUUGUUCUCUUCAUCGGAGCUUUGGCUUGUUUCUUGGGUUAUGGAGUUAUCUGGCUUGCUGUAAGCCAGACUGUUCAGUCUUUGCCUUACUGGUUGUUAUGGCUUGCUCUUUGUAUCGCCACUAAUAGCAGUGCCUGGUUCAGCACAGCUGUGCUUGUAACUAACAUGCGGAACUUCCCUUUCAGCAGGGGCACUGUUGCUGGUAUUCUCAAAGGCUAUGGGGGAAUAGCUGCUGCAGUAUACACGGAGAUAUAUGGUGCAAUGCUGCAAAACUCUUCUUCGCAGCUCUUGCUGCUCCUCGCACUUGGUGUUCCUCUUUUAUGUCUUGCAGUGAUGUAUUUUGUUAGGCCUUGUACACCAGCAUCUGGAGAUGACUCUGCAGAACAUGGCCAUUUUCUUUUUGUCCAAGCUGCCAGUGUUGCUCUUGGCAUAUAUCUUCUCACAACCACUGUAUUGACUGAUGUGCUCAAUCUGAGUGCUCCCAUUUCCUACACAUUUGUUGCUAUCAUGGUUCUCCUUCUCAUGGCUCCAUUUGCAAUCCCAGUAAAGAUGACAUUAUACCCAGCUAAUUCUAGGAAAUCGGGUACACUUGGGCUGCCAGUUGGUUCUUCAGGUCAUCUGAUUGUAGGUGAAGGCAAAUCAGACAAAACAGAGCCAUUGUUGAGUCCAUCAGUAUCGGCGACACAGCUUGGAAGUUUAGAUGAGAGUGAUGAUGCUUCAGACAUUGAUCUUCUUCUGGCUGAAGGGGAGGGAGCAGUGAAGAGGAAGAGGCGGCCAAGGAGAGGGGAUGAUUUCAAGUUCACUGAAGCUAUUGUGAAAGCUGAUUUCUGGCUCCUGUUCUUCGUUUACUUUAUUGGUGUUGGAUCAGGCAUAACUGUUCUCAAUAAUCUGGCACAGAUUGGGAUUGCACAAGGGGUGAAUGAUACUACAAUCUUACUGUCUCUCUUCAGUUUUUGCAAUUUUAUUGGCCGUCUUGGUGGAGGUGCUGUUUCUGAGCACUUUGUCAGAUCGAAAACAAUCCCUCGGACAACUUGGUUGGCAUGCACACAAGUAAUCAUGAUCGUUGUGUACCUUUUGUUUGCUUCUGCUCUCAGUGGUACCCUUUAUGCGGCAAUUGCUUUACUUGGGAUCUGCUAUGGGGCUCAUUUCUCUAUCAUGAUCCCAACUGCUUCUGAGCUUUUUGGUUUGAAGCACUUCGGUAUAAUUUACAAUUUCAUGGGGAUCGGUAAUCCUCUUGGUGCACUCCUAUUCUCAGGUCUUCUUGCUGGUUAUGUAUACGAUAAAGAGGCAGAAAAACAGCAUGCAUUGGGUUUGCUCGAGAAUAGUGCUUCCUGCUUGGGUCCUAAUUGCUUUAGGCUUACAUUCUUGGUCCUAGCUGGUGUCUGUGGUCUGGGCUCUUUGUUGUGCCUAAUCCUUAGUUUUAGAAUCAGACCUGUUUACCAAAUGCUAUAUGCUGGCGGUUCCUUCCGUCACCCAAAUUCGCAUCACUGAUAGGGAGUUCAAUGUUUUUUGGGACCUGAAUAUGAAUAAGUUAGUAAAAUGCUUCUAUGGGAGCACAUUUUAACUUUGCUGCUUCAGCUGUCAUCCAAAUCUGUGCUUGUACCCUGAACAUAAGAGAAUUUUGGGCUCCAUCUCUCCCUAGAGAUCUUGCAGUAUUGGGGGUAUUGUGUAGGAUGCUCAUGGAAAGCUUCCUUCCUCCAUUGUUGUGAUUUGAUGUAUCUUCAUGCUAGUCAAGAAAAUAUAUUACUGGCAUUGGAGUGCCAAUGCUUGUUUAAAGCCUUUUUUAAGCUAUCUUUAUUGUAAACAGUUGGUGUUGCAUCUAGGGUGAUACAUUCAAUCUAGUAUUACAAAGAUAAGGGUGGUUGGUACCCAGUCUUACAGACUUGAGGGAGCGAUGUGUUAUAAGAUCUCUGUAUGAACUGCAAAUCAUUUUUUUUUCUUCUUUAAUGUAGUUGAAGAUAUUGAUGAUGGAAGUUCAUUACAUACUAUUGAUUAUUUAUCCCCUAUUGCCUGGGAAUUGAAUAAUGAGAUUUAUGUAUUCCUGCUAA